UUAAAUAUUGAUUAACUUGGUUUGGUUUGGUUUGUUGGAUAUGUUUGGAAAAUACAUAUAUUUCCUAUAUAGUAUAAAAUCUCUAAUUAAUAUAUAGUUACAGCAUUUACGUCUCUUAUUCUUCAUAUGAUCUACCUAAACCCUAAUAAACCCUUCACGAUAAUCCUUUUAACAUUAUACACAUAUGCAUAAAUAUAUAUAUAUUCUUUUACAGUGGCCACCAUCUUUUCAUGUCACUGUAGACAACUAUUUUGUUUCUCAUCUUCUUGUUUUAUCCGUAUUAUUUAUACAAACAUCUCCUUUUCAUUCAUAUUAUCAAAAAAUUAAAAACAAACACAUGCGAGGUGAUUUUGUAUUUCAAUUUUAAUUAAAUUUUUUUAGUUAAUAAUGUCAUUCUUGUUAUUGUUGCGGCUGAGUUUUAAUUCUUUUUUUUUUCUCUUUUUUAUGCUUAAUUUUGUUUUGUGAUAUAGAUAUGCAAAGGAAUGGUAACAAUGGCACGGCGGUACCGGGAACACAUGCGGCAUGUGCUUCCUGCAAGCAUCAGAGGAAGAAGUGCGGUGAGGAUUGCAUUUUGCACCCAUAUUUUCCGGCAGAAAAGAGUCAGGAAUUCCAAGCUGUUCACAGAGUGUUUGGCGUAAGCAAUGUUAUGAAAUUAAUAAGAAGUGUUGGAGUUGAGGAUCGGCAGAGACUGGCGGAGUCUUUGAUUUGGGAAGCUUCUUGCAGACAGAAAGACCCAGUUUUAGGUCCUUUUGGAGAGUAUACAAAAGUUUCAGAUGAACUUAAGUUGUAUAAAACCCAUAUGCUAACUCAAACGCACCAGCAUCAUCAAUUGGUCACGGUGGCAAAUCACCAGAAUCAACUGCUAAUGCCGCCUACACCGCCGCAGCAGAGCAUGAUGUACAAGCCACCGAUCGGUUGGCAUGGUGCUAAUGGAAUGAAGAGUGCCGGAAUUGGACGUGGAGGAGGAGGCGGAUAUGCUUAUAGCCAUGAUAAUGGGAAUAUUGAUCCAGCUUCAUGUACUUAUACCAACUUCAGUUAUAACAAUAACAAUAAUGUGCAAGGAUUAGAUAAAGUUAAAAAACAAGAAAGAGAUGUUAGUACUCGUCUCGUUACAUCUCAGCAGCCAUUGCAGCAGCAGCAUCAUUCUGUUACUAAUUCAUUUAGCGAGCAGCAGUACUACCUUUCAGGCCAGUAUGGUUCUAUUAAUGGCAAGAAGAUGGAUACUACGCUAUGGGAGACUGGACCAUAAGAUUUCUACCCUUCUAAUCAUGGAACUGAUCAUACUUGCAAUUAAGUAAAUUUGGUUAUAUUUGCUGAAACUAUAGGGGCAGGCAUAGAAGAAUACUUUUGUUUUUAAAGAAAAAAGAAUAAUUUAUUGAUUCAUAUUUGAUUGUAUGCUGAUCAUCUUAUUCUUAUCUAAUCUAUCCAAUCUUUUAGCCGAUCUUAGUUAUCCCCACUUGAA